AUGCAAAUCCGGCGCUAUUUCGGCACUGUUUCCGGAGACCUUGUUCUGACCCUGUGUUCCACUGCCCAUUCCUGUAGAUCUUCGGUGUUCAGGAUCAUCGGCUUCCAGGAUCUUUGGCAUCCGGGAUCUUCGGCAUCCAGCAUCUUCAUCACCCAGCAUCUUCCUCACCCAGCAUCUUCAUCACCCAGCAUCUCCAUCACCCAGCAUCUCCAUCACCCAGCAUCAUCCUCACCCAGCAUCUCCAUUACCCAGCAUCUUCCUCACCCAGCAUCUUCCUCACCCAGCAUCUUCCUCACCCAGCAUCUUCCUCACCCAGCAUCUUCCUCACCCAGCAUCUUCAUCACCCAGCAUCUUCAUCACCCAGCAUCAUCAUCACCCAGCAUCUUCCUCACCCAGCAUAUUCCUCACCCAGCAUCUUCCUCACCCAGCAUCUUCCUCACCCAGCAUCUCCAUCACCCAGCAUCAUCAUCACCCAGCAUCUUCCUCACCCAGCAUCUCCAUUACCCAGCAUCUCCAUCACCCAGCAUCUCCAUCACCCAGCAUCUCCAUCACCCAGCAUCUCCAUCACCCAGCAUCUUCAUCACCCAGCAUCUCCAUCACCCAGCAUCUCCAUCACCCAGCAUCUCCAUCACCCAGCAUCUUCAUCACCCAGCAUCUCCAUCACCCAGCAUCUUCCUCAUCCAGCAUCUUCUCCACCCAGCAUCUUCCUCACCCAGCAUCUUCCUCAUCCAGCAUCAUCCUCAUCCAGCAUCUUCCUCGCCCAGCAUCUUCAUCACCCAGCAUCUCCAUCACCAAGCAUCUUCCUCACCCAGCAUCUUCAUCACCAAGCAUCUUCAUCACCCAGCAUCUUCCUCAUCCAGCAUCUUCAUCACCCAGCAUCUUCCUCACCCAGCAUCUUCCUCACCCAGCAUCUUCCUCAUACAGCAUCUUCCUCGCCCAGCAUCUUCAUCACCCAGCAUCUCCAUCACCCAGCAUCUUCCUCACCAAGCAUCUUCCUCAUCCAGCAUCUUCCUCAUCCAGCAUCUUCAUCACCCAGCAUCUUCCUCACCCAGCAUCUUCCUCACCCAGCAUCAUCCUCAUCCAACAUCUUCCUCACCCAGCAUCUUCCUCAUCCAGCAUCUUCCUCAUCCAGCAUCAUCCUCAUCCAACAUCUUCCUCACCCAGCAUCUUCCUCAUCCAGCAUCUUCCUCAUCCAGCAUCAUCCUCAUCCAACAUCUUCCUCACCCAGCAUCUUCCUCAUCCAGCAUCUUCCUCACCCAGCAUCUUCCUCACCCAGCAUCUUCCUCAUCCAGCAUCAUCCUCAUCCAACAUCUUCCUCACCCAGCAUCUUCCUCAUCCAGCAUCUUCCUCGCCCAGCAUCUUCCUCACCCAGCAUCUUCAUCACCCAGCAUCUUCCUCACCAAGCAUCUUCCUCAUCCAGCAUCUUCAUCACCCAGCAUCUUCAUCACCCAGCAUCAUCAUCACCCAGCAUCUUCCUCACCCAACAUCUUCCUCACCCAGCAUCUUCAUCACCCAGCAUCUCCAUCACCCAGCAUCUUCAUCACCCAGCAUCUUCAUCACCCAUUAUCUCCAUCACCCAGCAUCUUCCUCACCCAGCAUCUCCAUCACCCAGCAUCUUCAUCACCAAGCAUCUUCCUCACCCAUUAUCUCCAUCACCCAGCAUCUUCAUCACCCAGCAUCUUCAUCACCCAGCAUCAUCAUCACCCAGCAUCUUCCUCGCCCAGCAUCUUCAUUACCCAGCAUCUUCAUCACCCAGCAUCUAGACCCCCAGCAUCUUCCUCACCCAGCAUCUUCCUCACCCAACAUCUUCCUCACCCAGCAUCUUCCUCACCCAACAUCUUCCUCACCCAGCAUUUCCAUCACCCAGCAUCUCCAUCACCCAGCAUUUCCAUCACCCAGCAUCUCCAUCACCCAUAA